AUGGCCGUCUGGGUCACAGGGUUUAAGACGGCACCCGGCCGCCUGAAGCCACCCACCCACCCACGCCUUCCUUCGGCGCUCCCAGGAACCUGGGCAAGGAGCCGCUGCUGGGCCACCCGCACACGGCCUUCCCGCCCUCCCCCGCAGCGCGGGGCCCGCGGGGAGGGGGGGUUGAGGAGGAGGAAGCCCUUACAGGCAGUACCCACCGCGCUAGGAGAGCCAGCCCGGAUCGCCCGCGGCGCCCUGCGCGGUCCGGAGGGGAGGGUCCUGGAGGAGGGGCGGCCCGAGCCCCAAUCUGGAAAUGCCAACUCCGCUCUGCGGCCGGGCCCCAGCCUAGAAGGAAACGGAAGUCCCUUCGUCUCCCGCAGGCGCACCCACCAGCCCGCCCAUCGCCCGGAGAAACCCCGAGUCCAAGGCAGGGCCUCAAACAGACACCGGCCACUGUCGCUCAAUCUCACGCCUCCGGCCUCGCCACGGGUGUGUCUGACCACUACCCUGUCUCCUGGACUGGCCUCUCUAUCCCUAGGACUGGUCCCCAGCAGUACAGCCUGUACAAGGCCAUGGAUGCAAGUGAUUCAGUCCAGUAGAAAAGACUGCACCCAAGAGAGCCAUCUGGCAAAAAACUGAGGACCUCAGUCCAACAGCCAGCAAGAAACUGAACCCUGCCAAAAACCAUGUAACUGAACUUGGACAUGGAUCCUGUCCCGGCUGAGCCUUGAGAUAAGACUGCAGCCCCAGCUGACACUUUGAUGGCAGCCCGUGAGAGACACUGAGUGUACACCUUGAUGGAAAUCCUAUGAGAGACUGUGAAGUAGAUGACUUGGUUAGGCCAUGCUCUUCCUGACCCGUAGAAAUGGUGAGAUCAUAAAUGUGUGUUGCUUAAGCUAAGUUUUAUUUUUUUUAAAACUGAAAUUCAAGAUUAAAAGCAAUAAACAAUACAAAAAGGGGCAUAAAUCGUUUGAUCUUUUAUGAAGAGAUGAGCCAUAAACCUUUAUGUACUAAAUUGUUAGAGCAGGUUAAAAUUUAAAGCAAAACUCUUAGAAACACAAGAAAAUUUUGAUAAAAACCACAACCAUAAUGGGAGAUUAUAAUAUACCUC